CCAAAGAGGAAAAUCCUUAGUCGCAAUCGCCAAUCCCUAGCCCUUCGCAGCACCUCCUCAACAUCAACUCGAGCACCGUCAGAGCUUCAAAAACCCCAAAUCUGAAUCAGACCAGACAAGUAGAAAAGGCGGAUCGAUCGAGAUAGAGAAAGAAGAAGUAAAGAUAGGAAGAGAUGGACCAACACGAAGAGCAAGAGCACGAAGUGUACGGAGGCGAGAUCCCGGACGAAGGAGAGAUGGACGCUGAUCUGGAUAUGUCUGCUGUGGCCGAAGACUACGAGGAACACGACCAUGAACACGAGCACGACCAUGGACAUGAUCCCAACUCUAGCUCAAAGGAGUUGGAGGACAUGAAGAAACGUCUCAAACAGAUCGAGGAGGAAGCUGGUGCUCUCCGCGAGAUGCAGGCCAAAGUUGAGAAGGAGAUGGGCGCUGUUCAAGAUACCUCCAGUGGUUCAGCAACUAUGGCAGAAAAAGAGGAAGUGGAUUCUCGAUCCAUUUAUGUUGGUAAUGUUGACUAUUCAUGCACUCCCGAGGAAGUUCAGCAGCAUUUCCAAUCCUGUGGAACUGUAAACAGGGUGACAAUUUUGACUGAUAAAUUUGGCCAGCCAAAGGGAUUUGCUUAUGUUGAGUUUGUUGAACUUGAUGCUGUCCAGAAUGCCCUGUUAUUGAAUGAAUCUGAAUUGCAUGGUCGACAGUUGAAGGUCUCUGCAAAGCGAACAAACAUUCCAGGGAUGAAACAAUAUCGAGGAAGACGGCCCAAUCCAUUUUUUAGAACCCCAAGGGCAUUCAUGCCGUCUCCUCCUUUUUAUCCUUCAUAUGGCUAUGGGAGGGUUCCCAGGUUUAGGCGUCCCAUGCGAUACAGGCCAUACUAAUGGAGCUUGAUUAGUAGCAGCUGCAAUUGUGAGAAGGCACCGGUUCUUGAUGGUUUAUGGUGUGACCGCAGUUGUUGCUUCUGUAAUCUGUAGGGAGAGGGAAAACCUCAUAUUGUAUUUGCAUGCCAAAGGCCUGCUAAAAUAAUUGAUGUUGCGUUCGUUUUCGAUCGCCCAGAGGCGAGGCAGUUAUGCAAAUGUUGUAGCAGAUAGGAUUUAUAGUUAUGGAUUCUUGUCUGAUAUUUUUGGUUUUGCAUGGUUUUAAAGUAUUGGAUAAUUUUAAUUUAAGGGAUGUUUUAUGAUAUAGAA